UUAGCGACUCGUCCAGAGUCCCAGCUUCAUUUCUACUCUCGGACAUCUAGGCUCAUACCGCGAGCACUUCUUCGUCUUCCCCACCACCGCAUUACACAUUCCACUUCUUUCGAGAGCCAUUGCCGUUUUGUUAAUAUACUUCGCCCUCUUUAUUCUUUUUUCCCCCCUUCUUUUCUGUUUCCUUCUAGCUAUACGUUCUUUCCAUCCUCUUCAUCCGCAUCACUUAACUAUCCUCCGCUCCUGGCAACUACUUCCGCCUACAGAUACCCCAUGGCUACAACACCCAGCUUGCAAGAUGCCUUGUCACAUGGGGUAUUGGGCGUUAAACAGCCGAUCAUACACGCGACUCGACACCACUCGGAGUCUUUCGCACCAGACCAAGACCAGAGCAUGCAUCCACCAGGGCAGAUGGUGACCGACCUUGCUCUCACCCAGGGCUUGGGUUCUGCAGUGGUCACAGCUGACGCGAAAUCUCAUCCAGAGUCUACUUCUUCGGAAGCCGUCUCGGAGACCGUUCGACACUCACCGAAGAAAGGCGUUGUCACUGGUGCUGACGCAACAGAAGAAGCUAAGGAGCCAGCCGCAGGGGUCGCCGCCGCUCCGGACACGGCGGAGAGCGAAGCUAGCAGGACCGAGGCAGCAGCCAACGGCUUCUCAACCACUCCUGAUACCGCGACGGAAACACCAUGCUCAAGAAAUAGUCCUGCUAUCCUCCCUACCAAUGGCGGAGGAGCCGACGAAGAGGAAGAAGACGACCUCGUCGCGGCCAUCCGCGACCGCAAGAAGAAGGCUUCUCACACAGGCCAAGACGCCGCCAAACCGCUGCCGUCGGGUCCGCCGGGGAGAUCCGCAGACGGCACCACACACACCAAUGGCGAAGGCUCUCAGCGAGAGCUCUCGAUUCUCGACGGCUCGGUAAACAAUGUCUUGGUAACCCGGCUUGGUCUAAAGAGACCGGCCAGUGUCGUUGGAAGCAGUUUCCUCGGCAGCUACGACUACGCGGGGCGGAGGCAAGAGGCAAGGCAAAUCACCGGAGCCAGAACUAGCCAUGCCCCUCUCGGCGAAUCCAGGGAGACCACGUCUAGAGUCUCGCGCAAAAGACCCUCUCCAGAGGUAAUAGACCUCACCAGUAUCUCUGACAACGAAGAAGAAGCCCCCGAUCUUUUCUCGCACCGCGGGGCCAAGAAACACCGGCUGGACAAGCAUGGUCGGGAGAGACAGCGUACACCAGAGCACGGAGAGUCCCAAGCUUUUGAUGAUGUUAAGAGAGCCGAAAAGCGCUCUUGGGAGAAGAGGAAGAAGAGAGAUAAAGAGUACUCGCGGCGCAGGCGGCGCCCGGACCGGCGGGAGGGGCGAGAGAGGACGAAGCAAUGGGGCCAGCAAGGUGUGGGGGAAGAAGAGGCUUGGUUAGAAAUCAUCCGCGGCAUCCAGCAGGUGUCUGGUCAACCGCCUCCCCGAGAACACCUCGGGGAACCUAGCCGCCAAUCAAACCUCCGUAGUGCUCAGCCGACCAACGAACUACAGCACGGCCAGCAGCCGAGACGACAGCCUCGCCAGGAUGCCUGCCAGUCCGGUAUGCGCCCAGACCAGGGAUCCCGUACCGUACCGCAGCCCAGUCAGGGGGUUCAACAUCAGAUAAGCGUCCCAAGUCCAGCCACGCGCCCUCCGAGUCAGGGGUUGCUCCAGGAGUCGAGUUCGCCGCUUGGUCUCGAACUAAGUCUUCGGCCGGGGAGCAGUCCCAACCAGGCACAGCUGCAUAAUCAAAGGAUCAUAGACGCCAUCAAGAAUCGUCGGCCUGGGACUGCGGGCGACAACGAGAGCACAAGGCUUCAAGAUGAUUCGCUAGGUCGGAAACCCGCGGUGAGCGAUGGUCCUCUAUCCACAACCACUUACCCAGAGGAUGAUGCUGCGCUCUUCCAGACGCUAGCGGCCAAGGUGCCUGAAAAACGGACCGCCCAGUUCGUGACGGGCCUGCCAAACGGCGACGUGCGUCUUGGCCGGAAUAGCCUCCAAAGGGUGGGUCGAGGAGCCGGGCUUCCAGGGGCACAACGGCAAGCAGGCAGUCUUUCGCGGCGGGCGCCUCCCGAAUCAGCCCUCAGUCGCCGGCUAACCCAGCGCCCAAACCUUCUCCUGCCACCGGACGGCAAAAGUAGCCGUCAGGCCAGUCGGCUUCCCCAGUGCCGAAAUAUCUUUCAGCCCAGGCAGCCCCAACAACCGUCCCGUUCCGCCGCUCGGCCGUGUACCGAGAUCUCCACAGACCAGGACAUCGUCUCGCCACCGCCGCCGGCUGCCUCCUCUCGCGUUCCGUCGGCUGUCUCGCAGCCCCAGAACGCCGGCUACCACCCGCUGCUGCCCCCGAGCCGCGCUCGUGAACGACAGCAGCAGCAGCAGCAGCAAGUGACGGCGCCCACUUUUCACUACGAGCCCGGUGCCCACCCCGCGCGGCCGCCGCGUGAGACGGUCCCGGCCGCCGAAGCCCUGGGGCCAGACAGGACGGUGGUCCAGUACGUCGUCUAUCGCACCCCACGCUUUAACCCUCCGGCCAACCUACGGAAGAGGGGGACAACUGGAGGAACAAGGGGGGGAGGAAGAGACCCAGGCGGGGAGGAAGAAGAAGAGGAGGAGGAGGAGGAGGAGGAGGACAAUGAUGAGGAGAUGCUCCGAAGGCUGCGGCAGCGCAGGGCGGUGCGGUGCAGCGAGCACUGCUCGGUGCAGGCGGCCAACGCGCAGGCCGCGGGACGGCUCGACCGCCCCCGCAAGGGCGUCGUCGGCAAGAGCUGGGCCAUGGUCCGCUCCUCUUUCUCCUUCUCUUCCUCCUCCCCCUCCUCCUCCUCCUCCUCAUCAUCAUCUCCACCUUUCUCCACCGCUAAUUCUGUGGCUGCUGCUGCGCCAGGUUCGGGCCUUGUCCCACCGGAGCAAGCGGCGGGAGGGGCAGGAGAAGAAAGAGACGAAGGGGUGCUCCUGUACGAAGGGCGCGUGAGCUACGCCAGCGGGGAGGUGCAGUUUUUCUGGGUGGGCGAGGAGGUCCGCGACAUCGGCGGCGGCGGCGGCUUGACGGGCGGGCUCGGGCGGGUGCGUGUGGACCGGGAGGCGGCGGCCGUGUAUGCGCGGAAGCGGUUCGACGUCUGGUCGAGGGUGGUGUAUCUCGGGAAGAGGGGGGAGGAGCAGGCGGGGUCGGGCCAGAGGCAGGGGCAAGGGCACGGGCACGGGCAAGGACAGGGGCAGAAGCUUGUUUUCGAGUGUGCUGGCAAUGAGGAUGGUGAAGGAGGUGGUGAAAAGGCGAGUGGGACGUCCGCUGGAGGGAAUAAUAUGGAGGGUACGGAGAAGGAAGGGGAAAGGGGGAGCGUGGCGGACGCGGCUACUGCUGGCAAUGACGACGACGAUAACGACAACAACAACACCGAGCCCGACCGUGCCCGCCGCUCCUCUAGCGUCUCGAGCACGGCGACCGUCACCUUCACCCCCUACGCAACCCCGCUGGACCUCGUCGAGAUGGAGACCCGCCUUGAGGGGAGCUACACAAUGCUGCACCUAGCCAACCGGGCGGCGCUGGCCGCCUUCCUGGAGCUCGCCCGGCCGCGGAACCGGGGGAUCGACGACCAUCACCACUACCAGCACUCGGUCCGGCCCGAGAUGGCGGCACGCUUCAAGGAACACGGUCUCGGAACGCCCGGGUGCGCCAGCACGGCCGAGCUCGUGUUCGAACCGCCCGCAUGGCGGCCCUUUCGGUGGGGAUUCCUGAAGCUAGUGGUGGAGGUGGUGCAGAGCGAGCUUCGCGGGCCGGUAGACAUCGGGGACAUGGUCGUCGAGGGGGACGUGAACGCGCGCGAGCCAGGGGUGGCCGGCGAGGUCGACGCUCCAGCGGUGGCGUGCCAGGUAGAGGAGGAGUCGGAGGAAGGGAAAGGCAGCGAAGAAGAAUGACGGCGGUCAUAUACCUACCACCUAGGCAAACAUGGGUAGAUCAAGGGCGGGUAUAGAUUCAGGAACGGUCCAUGUGUUGAAUGAUAUAUCGGGCUAAGUGAAAUCGGACAGCCAACACCUUGUAUAUAGCUUAUUCGAGACAAGACAAGAAAAAGAACAAAAAGUAGGG